CCGGGAAGGAAAUGCUUAUCCUAAUCAAAUUUAUUAACAACCCAAAUAAAGCCAAAUCAGGGACGAAUGCAUCCUAUGGGUACACUUGGAAAUAUUGGUUGUCAUUUCCCCUUUUAUUCUCCACUUCAUCUCUGUGGACUGAUUUGCCAAACACACAAGGUUGGCUGAACUAGAUUCCAGCCUUCUUUGCAACCUCUGUAGCUUAGUCUACGCAGCCACAUGGAGGAGCCACUCAUUCUGAAGAAUGAUCAUCCAGCAGCCACGGCAUCGGUGGAAGAAGAUGGUUUGCAGCAGAAGAGCAGGAAUGAGAGCCUAUGGAUGGUCUAUCUCAGCACUUUCGUCGCUGUUUGCGGGUCUUAUGUAUUUGGAUGCUGUGUGGGAUUUUCAUCGCCAACACAAGAUGCAAUCAGGGAAGAUCUCUCCCUGUCUCUGGCCGAGGUAGAGUCUAUUAUUUAUUCUAUGUUUGGUUCAAUUCUGACGUUUGGGGCAAUGAUUGGUGCAAUCACAAGCGGAUCACUGGCUGAUCUCAUGGGCCGAAAAGGGGCGAUGAGAUUAUCAAGCGCCUUCUGUGCUGCAGGCUGGAUUGCCAUUUACUUUGCUCAGGGAGUAGUCGCACUGGACAUUGGCAGAUUGGCAACGGGUUAUGGGAUGGGAGUGUUCUCCUACGUGGUGCCUGUUUUCAUAUCCGAAAUAGCGCCCAAGAAUCUUCGAGGGGCCCUAGCUACUUUGAAUCAGGUUAUGAUCUGUGGAGGAGCAUCGGUAUCAUUCAUUAUCGGCACAUUUCUAACGUGGAGGGCUCUCGCUUUAACUGGACUCAUCCCUUGCGGAAUCCUGCUUAUAGGACUGUUUCUCAUCCCAGAAUCUCCUAGAUGGCUGGCAAAGAGAGGUCGGCAAAAGGAGUUCGAGGUUGCACUGCAGAAACUUAGGGGCAAGGAUGCUGACAUUGUGGAGGAGGCAGCUGAGAUUAAGGAAUACAUUGAAACACUUGACCGGCUUCCUAAAGUAAAGCUGCUGGACUUGUUCAACAAAAGAUAUCUACGAUCAGUCAUUAUUGGUGUUGGGUUGAUGGUGGCUCAACAAUUUGGAGGAAUAAAUGGAGUGUGCUUUUAUGUCAGUAACAUCUUCAAGUCAGCAGGUUGAUAUAUAAAUAUACUUGCAAGUUGCGAAAUGUUGGAUUAACCCCCAGUGAAACUUUCUUAUUACUGUUAACUUAUUGGUCAAUGUCAUUUGUGUUAGGAUUCUCCCCAAGUGUUGGAACUAUUACCUAUGCCAUUCUUCAGGUUGUAGUGACACUGUUAAUUACACAAGUGAUUGACAGAGCAGGAAGGAAGCCUCUUUUACUGGUUUCUGGAUCUGGUUUGGUGCUGGCCUGCUUGAUAACAGGCCUUUCAUUCUACCUAAAGGUCAAUGAAUUGGCUCUGAACUAUGUUCCCGCGAUGGCGGUAACUGGCAUACUGUUAUACAUUGGGUCCUUUUCAGCAGGGAUGGGAGCUGUUCCAUGGGUCAUCAUGUCCGAGAUAUUUCCAAUAAACAUCAAAGGGGCAGCUGGAGCUUUAGCCACCUUAGUUAACUGGUUUGGUGCAUGGGCAGUUUCCUACACAUACAAUUUCCUCAUGUCCUGGAGCUCCUAUGGUACGUUUCUUGUUUAUGCUGCAAUCAACGCACUAGCCAUAGUGUUUGUAAUCAAGGUGGUACCAGAAACUAAAGGAAGAACCUUAGAACAGAUACAAGCAGCCAUUAAUGGUUAGAGUGUAAAGCGGGUUCGUUUUCUGGGUGGACUUGACUGAAGCUCCGAUUAACGGGGAAUGUAAAAUGGGAAAAUUGAACAUACACAUUCAUCUCUUCAUUCAAGCAAUUCAAGGGAUAUGGGAGAUAGGGGCAGUAACCGUAAUGUACCUUUAUGGAAUAAAUGAGGUCCUCAUUAUUGACAGUGGAAAGGCAUAAAUUUUCCAGCACCAAAGUAAUGUAGAAUGCAAAUUCCUAUUCAGAGACAAGAAACCAAAGAUGACUUCUUAUUUUUUCCUGUAUUAAUUCCUUUCAAGCAAUGUGAAGUUGAAAGCUGGCG